AUGCCUAAACCACGCCGCCCGCAAGGUUCAAAGCCAAACAAUAGUCUCAGAGACAUCAAAAGAGCGAAUGAAGCAAAACACAAUGCAGAAUUAUCUCCAUCCACGACCGAAUCUACUCCAGAAGCAAAAGACCUAGAGUUUCAAAAAGAUUUAGAAUACUUGUUGAACGAUGAAGAAGCAGUCGCGGUUGUUUCCAACCAACAGACCUAUGCCACAUCCAUUGGAAUCAGUGAAAUUGAAAUCAGUGUUGUUGCUAAUGACGAUGGAAAACGGAAGAAGCUGAAACAUUCGAAACGUCCUCAUCGACCAAAACAAGUUUCGGUAGCCGAGAUCAUUGGCGAUAUAGGUGAGCUUGACUUUUCCUCUGAUGAUGAAGAUGUGUCAAAACCAGAUCCAAAACCGACGGGCUCUGCAGGAAGCGCGUCACAGAAGCAUAGUAGAAGAUCGAAAAAGAAGCUCACGGGGGAGAGUGCACAACAAGAUUUCCCUGAAGACGUUGGUGUUGAAAAUGUACCCACCUCAAAAGUUCAGUUGAGUCAGCAAAAUUCAGAAAAUGCCGUUGUGAAUGCAUAUGGAUCAAUUAAUGGUGGUCCCUUGGAUGGGAAAGCAAAUACAGGUUCUAACUCAAAAAAAGAAUCCAACUUGAAUUCCAAAAAGACAAAGAAACUGAAAUCUAAGAGGGCCUCCAGAAGUGACUUGGAGAAUAAAGGUACGGAAAAGGGAGGUGAUAACAAGGAGAUCUUGUCUAGACAUGAGACUGAACCAAGACCAAAUUCAAAGCAUAAAUCCAAACAUAGAAAAGAACUCCCGUCAUUAAGAUCGAAAGAGCUUGUAAAGGAAACGGAUCUAGAAGCAAUCCCCUUACCACAAAAUCCUGAGUCAAUCCAACAGCCCGAAUCAGUUGAACAUUACGAAAAUGGGGUCAAAAAGUCAAAAGAAAGGACAAAGUCUUCCAAAAAGAAGAAGAUUAAGUCCAAGAAUGACGCAAAAAAGAGUAAUGCACUGGUGGAUACUUUGCAGCUUGCUGAAAUUGCCCCCGAAAAGUCAUCCAAAAGUGAGAUUCUUCAAACGGCUGGUGAUGUCUCCAAAGGUAACCGAUUACCCAAGAGUGUUAACAUUGCCGAGAAGCGUAAUAGUUUGACUCUGGAACUUGAAACUAAGCAAAGCCAUGGAGACCACUUGACUCCAGCUCAAUCCGGAACACCUGAAUCUCUAUCACAAGAUAAAGAGACUGAACAAGUUUCAGCCCUGAGCUCGAGAAUGAGCCGGGGCAGCAAUGACAGGCCCAGCUCCCUGAAUUCUGUGUCUUCAGUAUUUGGUGUAACUUUAAAAUCACUCAAACUGUCUUUAAGCAAGUCAGAACAACUUCCUGCAGUUUCACCUGUCAAGACCAUCAUUGGCGUUUCGCAUCGGCAAAUUUUAACGGCUGAUUUGUCUGAUGUGAAACUCAAAACAAUCAUGAAUGCUCCUUCCAUGUCAAAAUAUGCUGCAAACAGCUUGAAGUUUGUUAAAAAGUACGAGACUGAAGUAUUUGACAAUUUUGAUUUGAAAAGGGAAUUUCUUACUUUAUGCUUCAACGUUGCAUUGUACGAAUCCGAAGGAUUCAAGAAGUCUGUGGGACAUUUUCCAGAUAUACUUGAAAAUUUCGGCCACUAUGACGAACUCAAUUUAGCAACUACGCAUACUGCAAUCACUGCUUCCGAAAAGCAUUUGCACCGAAACACGUUGGACUACUCGAUGUUUGCGUACUUUGGUCAUAUCUUGAUUUGGGCUUUACAUUUGCAAAGAAAAGCCCGUAUUCGUCCUUUUGUCAAUGAGUAUGGCAUUUCCAUAUCCCCCGAUGAGGUCAAGAUGAAAAUAGGUGGACGGCAUUUGUGGGAUAAGUUGUUUCGCGAAUUGAAAGGGAUGAAUUCGAAAAGAUGGAAACAUGUUUUGAAAUUUAGAAACAUGUUUGCUUUGGAGGAGGAUCAGUUCUUGGUUAUUCUACGGUUCAUGAAAAUUAGCGAUAUUCCAUAA